AUGCCGCCCCAAACAAUGCGCGCCCUCAUCCAACCAACCCCCAACUCCACGACCGACAAUCUCCUCCUUACAACCCAUCCCAUCCCAAGCCCCAACCACUCCCAAAACGAGCACCUAAUCCGCCUAAUUCCCUGCCCCGACGUCGCCGGCGUGGUCAUCUCCGCACCACCAACCUCCCCCUUCCCGCCCGGCACCGAAGUAUACGCACGCACGAACUACACCCGCCCCGGAAACGCCCGCGACUACACAAUCGCAACCACCGACGAACUCGCCUCUAAACCCGCGCGCCUGGGCUGGGUCCAAGCGGCCGCGGUGCCGGUUUCCGCGCAGACAGCGUGGCAGAUCCUCUUCGUGCAUGCGGGGGUGGUUCCCCCUAAGCAUUGGAUGGAUAUCUCAGGGGCGAGGGAGGCGUGGAGAGGAAAGCGGGUUCUGGUGACGGGUGCGUCGGGGGGUGUUGGGGCGUGGGUUGUGCAAGUGGCGAGGGUGCUGGGGGUUGAGGUGGUCGGGACGUGUGGGAGCGACAAUGUUGAGUUGGUGGAGGGGUUGGGGGCUAAAGAGGUUUUGGAUUAUAGGGUGACUAGGUUGAGGGAUUGGGUGGGGGAGGAUGAAGCGAGGCAGGUGGAUGUGGUGGUGGAUUGUGUUGGAAGAAAGUCGCUGCAGGAUGCCUGGUGGACGGUUAAAGAGGGGGGGACGGUGCUGAGUAUUUUCCAACCGCCGGGGCAGGUUCGUCCGGAGGGUUUGGGGAGGAGUGUGAAGGAAGUGUUUUUUGUGAUGCAGCCGAGUGGGGAGCAGCUGGAGCAGAUUUCCAGGUUGAUUGAUGACGGGAAGUGUCGGGGAAUGGUUGAUAGUGUGUGGCCGUUGGAGAAGUUCCAUGAGGCGUUCAAGAGAUUGGAUACGGGGCAUUCCCGGGGAAAGGUCGUGUUUGACUUGUUUUUGGAUCAAUAGGACGUGUGCAGGGAAUUUCUCUUCCAAGGGAACAGAAUGCGAGAUGAAAGCAGAGAUGCUUGAAGUGGCCGAGAUGAUUAAUU